AUGCCACAGCCUCCUAUCCAUGAUGACAAUAUGAACGCGGCCUCGCCACAACGCGCUGGGCCAACAAGGCGUUACAACAGGUCACGUUGUGGAUGCUUAACUUGCAAACGUCGCAAAGUCAAAUGCGAUGAGCAGCGGCCUCGAUGCUCGCACUGCGAGCGGCUAAAUCUGGAAUGCAAAUGGCGACCUCUUCACGCUGUCGCCCUGUCCAAGCAACGAACUGACACCAAUGGCGAGAGGCCGACGGGCGAUGGCCAGCCAAUCACAUCUCCAUCCACCGAGCGAUCACCGACUGUCUCUGGAUUACGAACGUUGCAGGCCAUGGAUGAAGUCUUUGACUACGCUAGCUUCAUGUGGGAUCCAAGUAGCAGUUUGUGGCAGCAAGAGAGCCCAGACAUGACGACUACCAUUGCGCUUGAAGCAAAUCUUAUAGGAUCUGGCUCUUUUAUGAACAGGCACGCAGAUCCCUUAACAAUCAACACAUACCCGAACAGUACGGCCAUACAAGAGGACGGAGAUCAGCUUAUUGGCCAAAAUCUUUCUGGUUCAAGCGAAAAGUUGAUGGAAUUCUUCAUCAAAUCUGCUAUACCGCCAAUCAUAGCCGGAGUCGAGUCACAGAGGAAAUGGUCUUCCAUCCGCCAAGGCCUUGUCGCAAUGUCAAAAAGCUCCCGCGUCCUACGCUGCGCUAUCCUGGCAUUCUCAAAUACCCUUUUGUGUCGUAGCAACCCCUCUUGGGCCAUUGACGACCAGAAUCACUACCAGGAAGCCGUCAUUGAAGUAGAGACACACGAUCCGGAUUCUCUCAGCGAGCAUAGCCUGGCGCGCGAAUGCCUCCUCGCCGCGCUAUUCUUCUUGAGCUACGUUGAUAUUAUAGAAACCAGGCUUGAUAUGGCCCAUCGCUAUCUCAAACAAGCAUAUACAAUAUUCCAGAGAGGAGACAAGACCUCUUUUUCGCAUGUCGAAAAGCAGGUCCUUCUUUGGAUUCGGCUAUUAGAUGCUAGAGCGGUGUCUGCUGGAGGCGAAGGACUGUUUUUAUCACGGGACGAUGAGAUUGAAUUUGUAGAGCCUUCACCCGCGAGUUUCGACGCUGAAACGGACGAUACUGCAAGAAGCCAAGAUGCAUCCAGCGACGACAUUGAGGAUGUUUUAUUCCAGGUCCUCUACCAACCUGGCAUCGUCUUUUUCCAAAAGGUUCAAAGCUUCAUGGGCCGCAUUUCAAAGAUUGAUCCUUGGCAUAGGUCAAGAGGCACAGUGGAAGACGAGAUUGAUGUCAUGAAUAUCGGCGCUUCCAUUGCCUCUGACCUGCGGUCGCUAUACGAUCAACGCCCACCACUAAUGGACUAUGCGGUUGCCGGAAAACUCUCAGAACCUCACAUCUCAGCACAUUUGGCUUUCACCAUCACUAGAGCUUUUCGUACUUACUUAUCUAACUACUACGCUAGCAAAGUGCAUCUUCAUCGUGUUGCUUACAAACACUUGCCAUUGACCAAGGAAGCAGCCGAUGCUCUCGCUCAAAUCCGCAAAUUGGCUCACCAGAUUUCAUCCAAUCUAGCUCCUGAGGACUCGCUGCCGGUAAAUAUGCUCUGGCCUCUCUUAAUGCUAGGUGUUGAAGAGCAGGAUGAAGAGGAGAAGGCGUGGAUCAAGGCGCAAAUAACGAGAAUGGAGGGCGUUGCCGGGAAUGCAAGAAUCACGGCGCAAGUCUUGGAAGAGGUCCAGGCUCGCCAAGAAGCCACCAAAGCUCGAGCGGACAUUCGCUCCGUGAUGCACUCGGUAUUUAAUUCGUGCUUUGCGAUCUUGUGA